GGGUUUCUCGCCAUCUCUGCCUUGUCGUUGUGCUUCCUAGCGGUGGCCUAGUGGAAAUUUAAUCAAAGAUGUCUGAAUAUAUUCGGGUAACAGAAGAUGAGAAUGAUGAACCAAUUGAAAUCGAUGAAGACGAUGGAACAGUAUUACUAUCCACAGUCACAGCCCAGUUUCCAGGGGCAUGUGGCCUGCGCUACCAGAAUCCAGUAUCUCAGUGUAUGCGAGGCGUCCGGCUGGUGGAGGGAAUUCUGCACGCUCCAGAUGCUGGCUGGGACAAUCUGGUAUAUGUUGUCAACUAUCCCAAAGAUAACAAAAGAAAAAUGGAUGAGACGGAUGCUUCCUCAGCUAUGAAAGUGAAAAGAGCAGUCCAAAAAACAUCUGAUCUAAUAGUGUUGGGUCUCCCCUGGAAAACAACGGAACAGGAUCUUAAAGAUUAUUUCAGUACUUUUGGAGAGGUUCUUAUGGUUCAGGUCAAGAAAGAUCUUAAAACUGGUCACUCAAAAGGGUUUGGGUUUGUUCGAUUUACGGAAUAUGAAACCCAAGUGAAAGUAAUGUCACAACGACAUAUGAUAGAUGGGCGAUGGUGUGACUGUAAACUUCCGAAUUCUAAGCAAAGCCCAGAUGAACCUUUAAGGAGCAGAAAGGUGUUUGUUGGACGUUGUACAGAGGACAUGACUGCUGAAGAGCUUCAACAGUUCUUCUGUCAGUAUGGAGAAGUGGUAGAUGUCUUCAUUCCCAAACCAUUCAGAGCUUUUGCCUUUGUUACCUUUGCAGAUGAUAAGGUUGCUCAGUCUCUUUGUGGAGAGGAUUUGAUCAUUAAAGGAAUCAGCAUGCAUAUAUCCAAUGCUGAACCUAAGCAUAAUAGCAAUAGACAGUUAGGAAGGAGUGGAAGAUUUGGUGGUAAUUCAGGUGGCUUUGGGAAUCAGGGUGGGUUUGGUAACAGUAGAGGGUGUGGGGCUGGCUUGGGAAAUAACCAGGUUGGUAAUAUGGGUGGAGGGAUGAACUUUGGAGCUUUUAGCAUUAAUCCAGCGAUGAUGGCUGCAGCCCAAGCAGCAUUGCAGAGCAGUUGGGGUAUGAUGGGCAUGUUAGCCAGCCAGCAGAACCAGUCAGGCCCAUCGGGUAAUAACCAAAGCCAGGGCAGCAUGCAGAGGGAACCAAAUCAGGCUUUUGGUUCUGGAAAUAAUUCCUACAGUGGUUCUAAUUCUGGUGCCCCCCUUGGAUGGGGAUCAGCAUCAAAUGCAGGGUCAGGCAGUGGUUUUAAUGGAGGCUUUGGCUCAAGCAUGGAGUCUAAUAAAUCCUCUGGCUGGGGAAUGUAGGCAGUGGGGGUGGUUGAUUGUUUGGUGGUGGGU